ACGCCGCCGCACCCGCCCCUUAUAAAACCGACUAUCCUUUGCAGAGCAAAUUUAAUCCUGUGUUGUGCGUCCCGAAACAUGGACUUGGACGUUCCGAGGAUAAUCAUUGUGUAGACCGUUUCCGCCCUGCAGCUUGCGAAACUAACCUUCUCGUGAACGAAAGACGGAUAUGACAGUGCGACGAAUCGAGUAGUCGAUUCGGAACGAUUCGCGGCCGAGCUCGAUCCGAACCGCGAUCCCGAGUUUCUCAGCGAGGCCACUCGCGCGAGUGAGGGCGGCAGUAUCGUUUCAGCCGUCGGUCCGUGCGGUCGCUUUUGCGGCGUAGUCUGUGAUUUUUUAGUGUAGCUCCAGAUAAUCCAAGUUAAUCUACAAUGGUGAGUGCUAUUUCUAUUGAAAGGUGUCGGGAGUGCCUUCAGAAGAUCACGAGGAACAGUUUCCGGGUCGUAUUUCGGAGAAGUUAUGCAUCGGUGUUUAUAGUGAUGACGGCCUCCAUUAUAUUAUUGUGAUGGCCGUUUUUUUUACCGCAUUGCGGAUUCGAGAAGUAUCAGAAGGCGUAACUGAAGCCUCACAGCGAGGCUUUCGAAAUAGAUAAACUUCAAAGCAGUGUUGAAAGCUUUAGAUUUUGCGAUAUUUAAAAACGAGCCUAUGCAGAAACAACGGUCGCCAUAAUCUAAUAGGUGGUGCCGGUGAAAUUACGUUCUUUAAUUUGCAGUAGGCCGUUAAUGUCGGUUGAAAUGGCGCAGGGACGUCGUUGGAAAGAAAACAAAUGGCUUUGUAGUUUGGGCAUAUUGUCGAAAGGCCGCGGCCGCUGUUAUGAGGAUCGAUCGCCGGGCGCAACUGUCAAACGCUCGUUGACUCAUCGUCAUUAUCUGAUAUUGUACCUACGUAAAACUCUUUUCGUUAGACCGUGUUGUUGUACAUAACAUAUCAUCUGCUGUGAAAUUCCAUAAUGGCGGAUCAGCUGACGGAAGAACAGAUCGCCGAGUUUAAGGAGGCAUUCUCACUGUUCGACAAAGACGGCGAUGGCACCAUCACGACCAAAGAGCUGGGCACCGUGAUGAGGUCGCUAGGACAGAACCCCACAGAAGCCGAACUUCAAGACAUGAUCAAUGAAGUAGACGCGGACGGAAACGGCACGAUAGACUUUCCCGAGUUCUUGACAAUGAUGGCGCGCAAGAUGAAGGACACGGAUAGCGAGGAAGAAAUCCGCGAGGCCUUCCGCGUCUUCGACAAGGACGGCAACGGCUUCAUCUCCGCGGCCGAGCUGCGCCACGUCAUGACCAACCUCGGAGAGAAACUCACUGACGAGGAGGUCGACGAGAUGAUUCGCGAGGCCGAUAUCGACGGCGACGGCCAGGUCAAUUACGAAGAGUUCGUCACCAUGAUGACGUCGAAGUGAGCCGCCGGCUAGUGUGUGUGUAAAAAGCAGAGAAUUUAAAUAUACAUUUUGUUUCAUGACACACAAUAUUAGCAUCGUAUUGGACCUGCAUUUCUCUAGUGUUUGCGAUAAAUUAAAUACUGUCAUCGUUUCAGUUAGGAAGUUCGCGCGGCGGCGCGGGCGGCCCCUCGCCCCCCGCCCCGCCCCCUCUUUUUAUUUAGAUUUAAAGUAUUCCGUUAAUUUAACUAUGUAAGAGAAGUUUAACUGUAGCGGUACAAAGGGAAGACGUCCGGUGUGCGUCGCAAUGUGAUGGUAUAAGUGUCGGGCUCGUGUCGGCUCCUAACUUAUAUUUGUGUAUAUGUGUGCGUGCGUGCCUCUGUGCGCGGCGCCCGCACCUUCCGAUGCAUACACUAUAUAUAUUUAUAAAGUACGUGAGAAAAAAAAUCAUUGGAAAAUCCCAAAAAAAUGUGUAUUCUGUGUCCGCAAGUAGCCAGCCCGAGGCGACGCCUCGCUCGCUCGCUCCGUGUACAUUCAUUAAUGUAAUAAAUGUUUAAAAAAAUUUAACUAACUCGGUUAAACGAAUAAAUUAGAUUUAUCGAUACUGCAUUGUAAUUGUAUUUGUGUAAAUGACUUAAUAAAAUAUUAUUAUAUUUCUAUUGUUGGUAAAAACUUAAUUCUAUCGAAAUGGAAAGUAAAUCCGCUCUGUUAUUAUCUUACCACGUUUGAUUCAUUCUGUUAUAAAAUUUUACAAAAGACAUACUGAAAAUAAAUGUUUCUUCAUUUUUAGGUCAAUAA